AUGGCCAGCGAGGCCAAAGAAUUCGACACGCCGAUUGAGGUACGCAAGCUUUCCACGCAGCACGAAAAUGCCGAAGAAGUGCGAGAAGCCAUCGAAGUCGAACACACCCUCACAUUCUGGCAAGCCGUGAAAUUCUACCCAAAAGCUAUAGGAUGGUCUAUGUACUUCAGCUUAGGGGUGAUCAUGUUGUCAUUUGAUCCCCAACUUCUUGGCAAUCUCUACGCAAUGCCUGCCUUUCAGAAAGAUUUCGGCUACGUGUAUGAGGGCGAAUACAUUAUCUCCGCAGCUUGGCAGACAGGCCUUGGUAUGGGUAAUCCAAUCGGACAGGUGCUGGGUGCUUUGGCUGCUGGCUAUCCUAUGGAAUGGUAUGGCCGAAAGAAGACAUUCAAUGCCUGUGUGAUUGCAGUCGCUGGCCUGGUUUUUAUUCAGUUUUUCGCUAGGUCUUUGAAAGUGCUUCUUGCGGGGGAGCUACUUGCCGGCCUCGUGUUGGGCGCAUUCGUCGUUAUCGCGCCAUCUUAUGCCUCUGAGGUUACGCCUUUGGCCAUGCGAAGUGUGUCCACGUCUUAUGUCAACCUAUGCUUUGUCACUGGCCAACUUUUGGGAAAUGGGGUAACCGCUGCGACAAAAGACAUUAAUAGUCACUGGGCCUACUCCAUUCCAUUCGCACUCCAAUGGGUCUGGAUUCUCAUUAUCAUUCCCGGCAUGUUCUUUGCACCGGAAAGCCCAUGGUGGCUAGCUCGGCAAGGCCGAUUUGAGGAAGCAGAACACUCCCUACACCGACUUUCCAGCAAACACGUCAACGUCCGCGCAGUUCUCGCCCAGAUCAUCGAGACAGACAAACUUGAAACGCAAAUGGAGGCUGGAAGUACCUACAGAGAUGUCUUCCGCAAAGUCAAUUGGCGCCGCACUGAGGUUGCAAUUGGAGUGUACACAACGCAGGUUCUGUGCGGUUGCUAUCUCAUCAACUACGGCACUUACUUCUUCAAUCUCGCUGGACUCAACGUUGGCCAGGCCUAUAAUAUGGGCAUUGGGUUCAUGGCCGUGGGCUGGGUCAGCGUCAUACUGUCUUGGUACUUGAUGCAGAAGUUUGGCCGACGGCCGCUGUACAACCUAGGGCUCUUGAUUUUGACGAUUGAUAUGUUUCUGAUUGGUAUCCUCGACGUUGUCCCAGCGAAAGGGGCACUUUGGGGACAAUCUGCAUUGCUUCUAUUCUGGAAUUUCACAUUUGACUGGAGCGUUGGACCCGUGGCCUACGCCAUUUUCUGCGAAGUUUCCGCCACCCGCGUCCGCUCGAAAACAAUCGCCGUAGCCACCGCGGUCCAAGCCACCGUGGGCAUCAUUAUGACCGUCGCCAUACCCUAUCUUAUCAACCCUGAUGCCGCCAAUCUUCGCGGAAAGCUUGGGUUCUUCUUCGGUGGACUCUCGGUGCCGUGCUUGGUAUGGUGUCACUAUAGGGUCCCGGAGAUGAAGGAUAGGACGUAUGAAGAGCUUGACAUCAUGUUUGAGCGAAAUGUGCCGACUAGAGAGUUUGCAAAGUAUAAGAUUUAAGGCUGGGGGCGCGAUUCUAUUUCCAAGCACUCAAAUGAAAUGUAG